CGUAGUUGGAGUUGUAUAUAAACAUAUCACAACAACGCACAACUUCCCAUUUUAUUUUGCGUUUUGUUUUUUGCUUUUUCGAAGAUUCGAACUUUUUUUGUUUUCGAACUAUUAAUUCAACUUUAUUUCAUUUCGAAUAUUCGAUUUUCAUUUGAAUGUGUGUGUGAGCGAGCGAAAAACGCUUUUCGAUUUCCAAAAAAAAAACAUUUAAAAUCAGAAUCGAUCUUGUAAAUUUUGUAAAAAUUAUCGAUCGAUAAAAAAUGAGUUCUCGAGGACGAUCUCGUGCACGUUCUGGUUUUCGUGGUAUGGCCAGUUCAUCUGGUUCAUCACAUCAACAACAACGCGAACAAUCAGAAAUUGAACAACCAAAACAAGAAGAAGAAAUUCGAUCACAAAUUUCUGAAUUAUCAAUUCAAGAACGAAGUGGUCAAACAACACAUGAACUUCGAUCAACAAGACGUCCUUCAGUUAGUUCUCGAGAACAAAAAGAUGAAUAUCAAUCCAGUAGCCGACGUGAUGAUGAAAGUCGUAGUUCACGCGGUGAAGAACGUGACCCAAGUAGCUAUGGUGAACGAAGUGCCGGACGCGGUAGCGGAUUCGGUGACCGUGGAGGAGAUCGUGAAAGAAGUGAAUACGGUGAACGAAGUGCUGGACGUGGUAGCGGAUUCGGUGACCGUGGUGGAGAUCGUGAAAGAAGUGGAUAUGGUGAACAAAGUGCCAGACGCGGAAGCGACGAAGGUGAUCGUGAAAGAAGUGGAUACGGUGAACGAAGUGCCGGUCGUGGUAGCGGAUUCGGGGACCGUAGUGGAGAUCGUGGAAGAAGUGGAUAUGGUGACCGCGGAGGAGACCAUGAAAGAAGUGGAUUUGGUGAACGAAGUGCCGGACGUGGAAACAGUGAUCGUGGUAGCGGCCGUGGCGGUUUAAGUGGUGGCCCUGGUGGUGAUCGCAUGGCACCAAAAAGUUUUUCAUCAUAUCCGGAAACACAGGAAUAUCCCAUUGUAAUGCCUAACGAAGUCGAACGCGGCGUCAAAGGUCGUAAGAUUGAAUUAUUGGCAAAUUACAUGCGGGUUAAUGUUCAACCUACUAUCGUCUAUCAAUAUAAUAUUGAUUUCAAUUUCAAAGACGAAGAUGAACGAGCCGAAAUCAAUGCGGAUAAUGAACGAAAACAAAAAUAUUUCUCUCGUAACGCCUUACAAUUGGUCACUAAAUUUGUCUUAUUGAAUGCCGAGAAUUUUGAUUUCGAUCGAUAUGUCUAUGAUAAUGGUAAAAAUAUUUACACUACCGAAGAAAUUGAUGUGAGAGGAUUGAUUAAAAGUUUCGAUGCUGAUAUUGGUGGCAAAACAAAAAAAUUUGUAGCCAAACUUGCCAACGUACAGAAAAUCGAUUUGUCAGGUAUUGUUGAAUUUUAUGCAGGCCGUACAUCGGAUGUACCACGAGUGGCCAUAAAUUUUCUUGAAAUAUUGAUACAAAAUAUAUCAUUGGAAAAGUUUCAUCAACAUCGCCGUAAUCUGUUCGAUAUAAAAUCUGGUGUUUUUCGUGGCCCAAAAAGUUGGAUAAAAUUUGUACAAGGUUUUAGUAGUGCUGUACAUAUAACCGAAAUGGGACCAUCAUUGAAUUUACAUUUGAAAACAUCAUGUAUGAUUUCAUUGGAAGCCGAAACAUUGUUACAAGCUGUUGCAAUGAUAGCCGAUGGUCGUGAUCCACAACAUCUUAAUCCAAGUGAAAUCGAAAGUGUUAGUAAAAUUAUUCGUGGAUUAGAAGUUUAUACUACUCAUGGUGGUCAUAAAGCAAAAUAUGUAAUAAAAUCACUUUCACAGUGUCGACCACAUGAACAAACAUUUAUGAUGAAAAAGAAUGGCAGUGAUGAAGAAACACCCGUUUCCGUUCAUGAAUAUUUUGUAAUGAAAUAUAAUAUCAUCUCAAAAAAAUAUCCUCUCGUUAAAAUGGCUGGCAAACGUGAACUGACCAUACCAUUAGAAUUGUGUUAUAUGUUUGAGAAACAAUUCUUGAACAAUUCAAAAAUGGAUUCCAUAGUUCAAAACGAAUUAUUACGUGUUGCAACUCACAAACCAGUUGUUUAUUUCAAUCAUUUAUCACGAUUGUCACAUGAAAUUGCCGAUAUUAAUCAAGAAAAAAUGAAUCAUUUUGGCGCAGAAUUAUUGCCAAAACCUGUACGAUUUAUGGGUCGUGUUUUGGAUUCACCACGUAUACGUGGUGGUGGUCGUAAUGAUCGUUUUGCAUCUGUUCGUCCAACAAAAUGGGCAUUCUUUAGUUUUGAUGAAAAAUUCAAUAAUCGUGACGUUGAUAAUAUGGUAUCGGAAUUGAAACAAACAGGUCGUCGUUUUGGAAUGGAUCUAUCGAAUUGUAUGGAAAAACAAGUUGUACCGAUAGAUAAUCGAAAUCUUGAUGUAGUGAAAAAUGUAUUUGCAAACAUUCUAACAAAUUUACCCGAUAUCAACUUAUUGUUUAUAGCAUUGCCACCAAUUCCAUUUCUUUACAAUGCUGUUAAACAUUUUGGUGAUCAAAAAUUCGGUAUUGUCACACAAUGUAUGUUGGUGUCCAAAGCUAAACGACGUAAUCGUGGUUAUACUGAAAAUAUUUUAUUGAAAGUUAAUGGAAAAAUUUGUGGCAAAAAUAGCUACAUUGAAAAUGAAGAUCUUCAAUCAUUAUCGAUUGAUCAUAAAAAAACUAUGGCCAUCGGUGUUGAUGUUAAUCAUCCUGGUGAUUGUGAAAAAGUACAAAGUUCAAUUUCUUGUGCUAUUGGUAGUUAUGAUCAUGAAUUUACUUGUUAUUCGGCAAGUGUGCGUGUUCAAAAACUUGAAAAAGAAGAAAUGAUAUCCACACUUGAUGAAAUGAUGAAUGAAUUGCUUGAUGAAUACGAAAAACGCAACAAAUAUUUACCGGAAAAUUUUAUCGUUUUUCGUGAUGGUGUUUCAGAAGGACAAUUUAAAUAUGCUGAAAAUGAAAUCAAUCAAAUUCGUACAGCUAUUCGACGACGAACAAAAGUGGGCAAAAUGGUUUACAUUGUCACACAGAAAGGACAUCAAACUCGUUUUGCAUUAACACAGCCAAGUGGUCCUCCGGAUCGUCCAUUGCAUAAUGUUCCAUCAGGAACUGUUGUUGAUCAUACGAUCAUUGAUCCAACUUAUUGUAUGUUCUUUAUCAACUCACAUUUCUCACCAUUGGGAACAUCACGUCCAUUGAAAUACGUUGUUUUGCAUAACGAUUAUGAACGACGACAAAUGAGCAUGGAUGAUUUGCAAAAAAUUUGUUUCUAUCUAUGCCAUAAUUGUACUCGUUAUCGUGGUGGACCGAUUGCAAUGCCAAUUCCGGUUCGUUAUGCUGAUCUUUGUGCAUAUCGUUCGAAAAUGCAUCUUGAAGCACAACAUGCAAGCAAACAUAUUCCGGCUGAAAAUCAAGAAGAGUUUGAACGUCAUGUUAUUUCACAAUUGAACAAAUUGGUCAAAUUGAAUGAUAAAAUUAAAAAUUCACUUUUCUAUUGUUAAAAACAUAAUAAUCCACACUAUCUAUCAUUAUAAUAAUCCGCACUAUCUAUCAUAAUAUUAUGUUAUAACUAUAGAUUAUCCUC